AUGUCCUGGGAGGCUCCAUUGGCGUCAUCCUACAAGAAAGGAAAGAAGUUGAAAAAAGUAAUCCAUUUUGACCGGUUAGAUCAGAAAGGGGGGCUCAAAGAGUCCUUUAUCAGCCGCAGAUACACCGUCCGCCAAAGUGCUGUUGAAAUUCCUCCUCCUCGCCCCAACCACCAUCCAGAGGAGGAUUAUACAGAUGUGUUCCUCUCACACGCGCAGCUUUACGUCUUCGCUGAUGAGUACGAUAUCCAACAGCUCAGAGUCUUAGCCUUGGAGGAGCUUCAUGCAACACUAGCCAUCCAUACUCUGUACCCCGAGCGUACUGGAGACAUCAUUGCGCUUCUGCGAUAUGUCUACGCCAACACCCGCAAACUGAGAGAGGGCGUGGAGGACGUCCGGAACUUGGUGACGCAGUAUGUGGGCUACGAGAUGGGUAUGCUGAUUAAGGAUCCCGCAUUUGGAGACCUCAUAAUCAAGGAUGGAGGAGACCUUUUGGGCGAUAUCUUGAGAAUGGUUGGCCAGAGAACCUCAUGA